GUGUGUGUGUGUGUGUGUGUGUGUGUGUGUGUGAGAGAGAGAGUGUGUGAGGGAUAGCGGGACUCGGUGCGCUGUGUGUGAGUGUGUGUGAAUGUGUGUGUGGAACAGUCCGGGGACAAAUCCGUGUGUUUGAUCUUUAAGAGCUGAAACCGAGACACAGGAGACACAGGAGAGAAAUAAAACCGAACCCGGACAGGAGACUUGGGUGAGACAGAGACAGGUGAGACAGAGACAGGUGUGUUUACGAUGUUUGAAAAACAAUCGUACGACAGCCCCCCCAUGUACAGCCCUCCGUCAAAUGCUUACAGACCCCAGGGCAGUUUCCUCCCCCCUCAGAGUGAGUUUGACCCCUACCCCCCUCCUCCUGGGUCGUACUAUGUUGGAGAGGAAGUGCCACAACAUUUCUACAAGUGGACCUCUCCUCCUGGAAUCGUCAAGAUCAUGGAAGGUGCCAUAGUGGUGUUGUGUCUCGGGAUCUUCGCCUGCGUCGCAUCGACCCUGGUCUGGGACAUGCAGUAUGGGUUUGGAUACGGAAGCGGAUACGGAGGCGGAUACGGAGGCGGAUACCCCAUCGGGUCUGGGUACGGCAUGGGCAGCUACGGCUCUAGCUAUUACGGAUCUAAUAAUUACGGAUCCGGGUACUACAGUGGCUACAACUACGUGAGCCCUUAUUCUGCCAAAACCGCCAUGAUUGCCAUGGCUGCCAUCAACUUCAUCGUGGCGCUGGCCAUCUUCGUGGCUACCUUCUCCAAAACACGGACCAUCCGGAGCAGGAAGUUUUACCUGGUGGUGCUGGUGUCCUCCAUCAUCCUAGCUGUGCUAGAGGGCAUCAUCAGUAUUGUGUACAUUGUAGGGGUGAACCCCAUGGCUCAGAGCACUGCUAAUGCACUUUACAACCCCAUGCUGAUGAUGUGUCAGAGCCUGUAUGGGAACAGCGUGACGGGAAUGGGCGGAGGAUUCCCUGUCUACAACCAGUACCUCUAUCACUACUGCUAUGUGGAUCCUCAGGAGGCCGUGGCGAUGGUGUGCGGCUUCUUGGUGGUGAUAGCGUUAGCAGUGUCCGCGUUCUUCUCCUAUAAAACGAGAAGCAAGAUCUGGCGCUACGGAGAACACAACCUGUACUGGGACAAGCCGCUAACCGGAGGCCCCGAGGGCAGAGACGUGGAGGACUGGGUGAACAAUAUGGGUGAUGGACAGAGCGUCCACGAAGCAUCGGUGAUGUUCUCAGAAAAAGGAGCAUUACCUCUGAACAAGUCCCACAGUGUGACCUCCAUCCCCUAUACACCUCCAGCGUACUCGGAGUGUGUGUUCAGUCGUGCUCAGGAUCCUGAGAGCUCGAGUCCGUCAGACAGAACAGAGAGGAAACCUGCAGCACUGCGAGGGAAACGCCGCAGGAGAAACCCUGAGCUGGACGAGUCUCAGUACGAAACCGAGUACACUACAGGAGGAGAGACUGGGAAUGAACUGGAUCCCAAUCAUUGGACCAGUCAGUACCCGGAGAUCACGUCCAGCGCUCAGAGACACGACUAUAAGCGGGAGUUUGACUCGGAUCUGCGCACGUAUAAACAGCUGUGUGCUGAAAUCGAUGACAUUAAUGACGAGUUGAACAAACUGAGUCGAGAACUCGACAUGCUGAACGAGGGGACCAGCAAGUACCAGGCCGUAGCCGAGGAGUUUAAUCGCCUGAAAGACCUGAAGCGGAUGCCGGAUUAUCAGGAGAAAAAGCUGCGCUGUCGCCGCCUGCGUCACAAACUCUUCCACAUCAAACGCAUUGUGAAGGAUUACGACCGAGCUCAGUCCUAAAUCUCCACCUGACCUUUACCCCACUCCUGUAUGUGUGUGUGCGGUGUGUGUGUGUGUGUGUGUGUGUGUGUGUGUGUGUGUGUCUGUGUGUGUGUGUGUAGCUGCUAGAAAACUAAAGCUAAGCAGCUCAAAUCUCAAACUCUAGGAACUGUUUUAGUGCAAAUGUAUUCACAAAAUGCUGUUGUGUGUGUGUGUGUGUGUGUGUGUGUGUGUGUGUGUGUGUGUGUGUGUGUGUGUGUGUGAGAGAGAAAGGUGUGACUCAGAGUGAUAAGGCUAAGGUGAAAUGUUUUUGUGAUAUAGAGAAACCAACUUUGAGUAAUAAUAAGGGUGUGUGUGUGUGUGUGUGUGUGUGUGUGUGUGUGUGUGUGUGUGUGUGUGUGUUAUCGGCAGGUAUGUGGUGAUAAAUUAUGGCAGUACUGUAACUAGAUCACAGUAAUAUAAACACACUACACCCUGCUCUGAGAUCUGGAUCCUGAUUGGUCAGUAGGUGUUGAUGAAUUCUCUAUUACAGCAGCUCUGGCAGCAGUGCAGGUUGCAGGCAAUGCACUCGUUCUGAUCUCGUUAUCGUUUCCAUAGUAACGACACAUUCACAUUUUCUGUAAUAAGAAACAUGUAUUUGUAUUAUUAAGGGAGGGGAAGGAGUCUCCAGUGUCAGAACUGUGAAACACUCAGAGAGAACUCUGUGUAUCUACAGCACAGAAAGAGAGGAGAGAGAGAGAGAGAGAGAGAGAGAGAGAGAGAGAGAGAGAG